AUGGUCGCACCAAAACGUGGAAGAGGUUCAUCAUCAUCAGGCAGAGGUAGAAGGGAUAACAAAUCAUCAUCAAGAGAGUCUUCUGAUAUUGUCAUCAGAUCUGAUGGUGGCAAGCGAGAAGUUGUUAAGAAAUCUCUUUCACUCUCUGAAAGAUUCAGUCAAGUCCAUGAAAAGUCAUCCUCCGUCAAGGGUAUCACCAAGAAAACCAACAACAAGGGUGGAAGAGGUGGUAGAGGAGGAUCUACCAGAGGAGGUGGCAGAGGUGGAAGAGGAGGUGGUCGUAAGAAGGGAGGCAAGAAGGAAGUCAAGAAACCAAAGACCAAGGAAGAAUUGGAUAGAGAAAUUGAAAGCCAUAUGAAAUCAGAUUCUGAUGAAGCUAACGGCUCUAAGACCACUGAAGAAAACAAUGACUCAUCCGAGCAAUAA